UCUCUUUUUCGCACUCUCUCUCCUGCCCUUUGGGACCGUCCCAGAGGCACCUGCCCCUCCUGUUCAGCUCGACGCCACUCCUGCCUCAUUUUUGUCAUUUGAGCUGAGACCGGAGCCCAAAUUCACGCUGACGAGUGGACGAGAUGCACUUGCUUUCGGUGUCAUCGUGGAGGGCACUCUCCUCCCGGCUUGCGCCACUCUGCCUCCGCACACUCAGCGGUGAGGCGGCCGUCAGUAUGAGCUUUGAGGACGGCCAUGCCUUUCGCCUGAAGCAGACCCGGGAGAUCCUGCGGGCGCUGGCGGUCUUCAGGAUGUGCUCCUUCCCUUUCCUGGUCAACAACUCCAUGAAGCUGAUGGAGGUGUCUCGAUUACUCCUGAGACAGCGCUUGUUCGCACUCCUCAUGAAGUCCACAGCUUAUGGUCAGUUUGUAGCUGGAGAGACCAUGCCAGAGAUUCGCUUCACAAUGGAGAAGCUGAGCAUGAUGGGAAUGAGGCCAAUGCUGGCCGUGCCUAUUGAGGAGGACCUCGGCGAAAUGAAGACAGGGGAGUCGCAGUACAACCAGAAUUUGGAGACCAUGCUUGAAUGUGUGAAGAUCUCGCACAGUGGCUCCAAGGUUACGUAUCCCAUGAUGCAGCUGAAGGUCACGGCCCUGCUAAGUGCUGAACUGUGUACCAAGAUCACCAUGCUCCUCACUGACAGCCAACUCCGGGAGAAGCACUUUGGGUUGGACUGCAUCGUCCGUGCUCUGGAGGGCCAGGACGUCAACUUCCCAAGUCUGAGUGAGGGUGAGACGCAGCACUUCCUGUGUGCCAUGAGGCGGCUGAAUCGUGUUGGAGAGUAUGCCAGAGAGCACAAGGUCCGAGUGCUAGUGGACGCUGAAUACACUUACAUUAACCCCACCCUGACGUUGGUGACCUUAGCCAUGAUGAAGAAGUUUAACCGGUCGGAGCCCUGGAUCUGGAACACCUAUCAGUGCUAUCUAAAGGACUCCUUCUCACUGCUGUCUCAAGAUCUGGACCUUGCAGCCCAAGAGGGAUUUGCUUUCGGGGUGAAGUUGGUUAGAGGGGCCUACAUGGACAAAGAAAGGAAACUCGCCAAAGAGCAGGGCUACCCAGAUCCUGUCCACAAAUCGUGGGAAGACACCAAUCGGAGCUACCACAAAUCCCUGAACAGGAUGCUUGAGAUGGCGGCUCAAGACGGGAAGUGGUACAAUUUAAUCGUGGCCACUCACAACGAGGAGUCUGUCAAGCACGCCAUUGAUAGGAUGAAAGCUCUGGGCAUCUCGAAGGAUGCUAGCUCGGUUUGCUUUGGACAGCUGCUGGGAAUGUGUGACCACGUCUCUUUGACUUUAGGUCAACACGGAUUUGCUAUCUACAAGUCUAUCCCUUAUGGCCCCAUAAAUGAUGUCCUGCCUUACCUGGUGAGACGUGCGCAGGAGAACCGGACCGUGCUGCAGGGGAUACGCAAGGAGAGAGACCUGCUGAGGAGGGAGCUGUGGAGGCGGCUGCUGAAACGCACCUAAGACCACUCGGGAGCAGACUGGGGGUGUUCUGCUGUUUUCUUUCCCUUUCCAUCUUCUUCUUUUGGGACAUUUGGAUGUAAACUACAAGAAAUGAUGGCCAUGUUUAUAAUAAAAUAAAAAUAAUAAAAAUAAUAAAAAUGA